CAACAAUACCUAAAACAAACACAUUCGUGCAUUGGUUCACCUCUACUUUUCCUCUUCCAACACAAACACUUUCCGUUUCGUUUUUUUUUUCUUCAGAUUCAAACCAAACCAGAGCAAACCAAAAAAGGAAAAGAAAAAUCCCAAAAUCCACAACGUUACUUCCUUUCCUUAUUAGCGAGAGGAAAAAAAAUUAAUUUAAAAGGCUUCUUGUUAAUUUCCCUGGAAACUUCAUUUUAUUUUCCUCUUUUCUCUUCUUCGCGCUCGUUCGUUCGUUCCUCUGAUUAUUAUUCAUCGAUCAGAAUUGAUGAUGGAGUCCUCCUUCGAUCCAACGGUCAACGGCUCACCACACCUAUCCCUUUUCAACGGCCACGAUUGAAUCGGCGAGAUCCGUCGGUCAACGGUCUCUUCUAAGGCGCGGUUAGGUUAGGAAAGAGAAAGAGAAAGAAAAUGAAGGUGGCAAAGUCGCGUGUGUGGCAGCCACUGAAGAAGAAGAGGAGCUAAUAUUUAAUUUUAUAUAUUAUAGAGAGAGAAAGAGAGAAGAGAGAGAGAGAGAAAGGGAAGGGAGAGAGAUGACGUCACGAUCGGGGCAGGGGAGCAGCGGCGGAGGGAGCAGCAGGACCCGUGUGGGGAAGUACGAGCUGGGUCGGACGCUGGGCGAGGGCAAUUUCGCCAAGGUGAAAUUCGCGAGGCACGUGGAAACUAGAGAGAACGUCGCCAUCAAGAUUCUCGACAAGGAGAAACUACUCAAACACAAAAUGAUUGCGCAGAUAAAACGAGAAAUAUCAACAAUGAAACUGAUUAGACACCCAAAUGUCAUACGCAUGUAUGAGGUAAUGGCUAGCAAAACAAAGAUAUACAUUGUAUUGGAAUUUGUGACUGGUGGGGAGCUGUUUGAUAAAAUUGCACGCAGUGGGAGGUUGAAAGAAGAUGAAGCAAGAAAAUACUUUCAACAGCUUAUAUGUGCUGUGGAUUACUGUCAUAGUAGAGGUGUUUUCCAUAGAGACUUAAAGCCUGAGAAUUUAUUGCUGGAUGCUAAUGGAGUGCUUAAAGUAUCAGAUUUUGGAUUGAGUGCAUUGCCUCAACAAGUUCGGGAAGAUGGACUACUUCACACAACAUGCGGUACGCCGAAUUAUGUUGCUCCAGAGGUGAUUAACAACAAAGGUUAUGACGGUGCAAAGGCAGAUUUAUGGUCAUGUGGUGUUAUUCUCUUUGUUUUAAUGGCUGGCUAUUUGCCCUUUGAAGAAACCAAUCUAUCAGCUUUAUAUAAAAAGAUUUUCAAGGCCGAGUUCACAUGUCCUCCGUGGUUCUCUUCAAGUGCAAAGAAGCUAAUCAACAAAAUCCUUGAUCCCAAUCCUGCCACUCGGAUUACAUUUGCUGAGGUCAUUGAGAAUGACUGGUUCAAGAAGGGAUAUAAGCCUCCCGUAUUUGAACAGGCUAAUGUUAGUCUUGAUGAUUUAGAUUCUAUUUUCAGUGAUUCUACGGAUUCACAAAAUCUUGUUGUAGAGAGGCGUGAAGAGGGACCUAUGGCACCUGUGGCACCUGUGACUAUGAAUGCCUUUGAGCUUAUCUCUAAAUCUCAGGGCCUCAAUCUUAGUAGUCUUUUUGAGAAGCAAAUGGGACUAGUUAAAAGGGAAACACGAUUUACAUCCAAAUGUUCAGCAGAUGAAAUAAUUUCAAAAAUAGAGAAAGCUGCAGGACCCCUGGGUUUUGAUGUUAAGAAGAACAACUGUAAGUUAAAGAUUCAAGGUGAAAAGACAGGACGGAAAGGUCAUCUAUCUGUAGCCACUGAGAUCUUAGAGGUGGCCCCUUCACUAUACAUGGUUGAGCUGCGAAAGUCUGAAGGAGAUACUCUCGAAUUUCACAAGUUCUACAAAAAUCUUGCUACUGGGCUGAAGGAUAUUGUUUGGAAAGCCGAGCCUAUCGAUGAAGAAAAAGAUGGUGCCAAUCCAUCGAAAUAAUUGUUAUCCAAAUUUCCAUCUCCGUACGAAGUACAGUCACUAGUUGUGUUGUUAUUCAGAUUGGGCAAUGGAGCAGUUAAAAAAAAAAAAAAAGAGUGGGUAUUGGAGGAUUCUGUCAUGGACUUUUUUCCUCAUCCGUAUAUGAAAACUUGCUUAUAUUUGAACUGUAUAUCAAUAACUUUUAAUUUUUGUGCUGUAACAAACUUUGCAAGUGCAAAAGGGAAAACUGUGCUAGCUAAAGAUUUCUAGCAUUUGUUUGCAUGACCAGUUUUUUUAUGAUAGUUUGCUUUUAUUUGAACUGUAUACCAAUAUCUUUUUCAUUUUUGUGCUGUCACAAACUUAACAAAUGCAAGUGUGAAAAUCAGGCCAGCUAAA